AUGAUAAAAGCCGAACAAGGACGCACUGUCGCCGACGCUGAUAUUUUUGACCUCUCACAAGUGGUUGCACCCCACAUUAUUGGUCACAAUAGCAAGGAAACCCUAUUUGACGAACAGCGACUCAAAGAUGAACUUAUCGAAAAGGCAACCGCACGUUUGCGACGACGUUUAUUGGAAGAACGCCUCUCCAAUGUUAUGCACAAUGUUAUUGAAAUGCAAAGCCAGCUUGAAUUCCUACGUGUUGACGCUGCCGCUACCAUUGAUGCCGUCGCCAAAAUGGAUGAUGACGAUGGCAACCAGCAAUGCCGUCUCGAAGCGUUAGAACGUCGUCUCCAAGCACACCAAGAUCAGUUGGAUCAACUCAAAAAGCAUAGCAACCCUGCUACAGCAACAGCGGCACCAACAACGGCAACAGCAACGGACGAGAAUACGACGACGUUGUGUGACAAGCCAGCACCUACUUCUGGAUUCUCAAUGUCGAGAUUAUCCUCUUUAUCCCUCAUGUCGUCCCUAUUCAGCCGUAGCAACAGCUCCAUCAGCAGCCAUUCAAGCUAUCCAAUGGAACAGGAUCGUGAUGAUGACGAUGUGGAUGAUGAUUGUUGCAGCGUUGCUAGCUUUAUGACUGAGGAGCAACAACGUACUCAUCGCAUACGCCGUAUGCGUCUUCAACGCCAACAACCUUAUUACUCCCGAUCUUGUGUUCGUGAAGCGACCUAUGAUAGCGAUGAGGAUAGUGAUAGCAGCUGCGAUGAUGUACUUUCGGAUAUUGGCACAUUGUCAUCUGCUUCAUCAUUAUCUCGCCCACGUGCUCUGUACGAGGUUGCACCAGCAUUUGCCAAGCGUCUCAAUGAACACCGUCAUCCAUUGUCUCCAACCACACCCAAGGAGUACUUUUAUGAGGAACGAAAUGUACUUGAUGAUGCCAUGAGUUUCCUCGAUAGCCUCUCUGAUAAUGCUGACGAUGGUGGAUUCGGUGAAGAUAUGGAUUUCCUACUUCGGCAUCCCGAUUUAUGCUGCCGGCCACUUUCCGAGAUUCAAGGAACAAUGACCGAGAUCCAACGUCGUGAAUCACAAACAACCCUUGCUCAAUGGACACAAGCUGCUUGUGCUCAAAGUUGGAAAUGGUACAAGUUCAUCAAUGUGCUUACAGCUGCUGUGAUGAUCAGUGUUCUAAAGGGACCCGAUGACAUGCUCGACGACCGUGUUUAA